CCCGCUGAGUGAGCCAUUAAUGGCUUUAAGCCCUCGGAAAUGCAAAACACUCGAGUUCCGGAACACCUGGGUUGAAAUUCCACAAUACGGGAAUACCGGAGGACUUUUGCUGAGCUGGGAAGAUUCACCUCGUUACUUUUAACUUAUUAUUCCGUGCCUAAAAUUGGUUUAUAAUGAUCUGCUGCAAGCACCACAUGAAAGCGGAUCCAUUGCCUUAAUUUCCCAGGACUGCGGGAGGAUUUUGCUACUUCAGGAAUUCUCUCCGCUGGAAUUACUUGCGGACAAAACUUCUUUUUUUUCUUUGCAAACAUGGAAAUAAUUCAAACAAAAUAGCAGGAGAAAACUUUUCUUUUUUACUUCUUAAAUUUGGGGAUUUAUCUUUGGAUUUGGAAGUGCUUCCCAACGAGAGACUCAAAAGUAGACGUGUGCUACAUGUGUGUGUCUUAAGACGUUAAGAAAGUGCAUAUUGGUUAUAUGUCUGUGUGCGUGUUUGCGGGUAUCUGUGUGUAUACUUUUGGCCAUGCUGGAGGAAAAGAAGGCCCGGGGUUCUCUGCAACAACCGGGCUCAGCAGACGCAGGUGACCCAAAAACGUCGAAGAUCAACAGCGGCACCCGUAACUUGGCCGCGGGUAAAACCAACCACAUCUCAAACAGCAGCAACGCCAUCGACCCUGCACGCCGCUUUGCAUUGCUAUCGGAGCGUUGUGCCCCUUCUCCUGCUCCAGGGCCCCUAACGAGCCCCCUACUUGGAGGGCUCCCAGGGAGCUCGCUCCUGAUUGGCCAGCAGGCUGCCUCCUUGCAGCUAGCUCAACUGAAAGCCCAGCUAGCACUGACGCAGAUAAACAACGCUCUCGCUGUUGGCAACCGAGCUGCGACCUUGACAGCCAACUCCAACACAUCUGCUCCCUACAUACCCAGAGUACCCCCCUCCCCAACUGCGGCGGCUAUCAAUCUCCUUAACCUUCUGAAGAUUGCAAACACCAUGUCCCAUCCCCUGUAUAACCCCUAUGCCUCUGGGAACCAAAGUUCCAUCCAGGGGCAGUAUGGACUCCCCAGUACACAGGCAGAGAGGGACCCUCGGAUGGCAACUUCUCACCUUGGACCUGGCUCCAGCUUCAGUUCUUCUGGAGCUCCUUCUGUGACUCCUGCCAACUCUGGUGGAAUGCUCCCUUCGCUGCUGCCUCAGUCGAUGAGCUACAGGCCUGAACAGAGUAGGGCCAUAAUAGAUGAUAACAUAGAGAGGUCUAUAGACAUGCAUAUUAGCAGAGCCAGAGAGGAGGUGAGGCUUAUUGGCAAGCCGAUGCUACAGCCCAUGGACCAGGGCACUCACUUUACCAGCACUCGAAGAGAUGAGUUUCUCUCCUCAGGCACAGGGAUGGCCUCCUACCCAAUGUCCUCAAGCUCUGCCUCUCUAGGACAAAGACACUCAGGCGUUGAAACUGGCAGUAGCUCCUUGGACUGGUCAUCAAACUACACAAAGCCCACUGCAAAUGACCCCUCUAGAUUUUAUUCAUCUGCUUCGUCUAACUAUGCAGGUGGUGGUGACGGUAGGUUUAAUGCCCCCAGUGAAAGAGAACGUGAUAUGCAGUCCAUUCCAGGGUUGGGCGAUUUUGACUAUCCAGUGCCGGACAAACCUGCUGCCACUGCGGAGUCCGGUCGACCCAAGUACACCUCUGAAUCAGCUUCUAACAUCCUUCUCCAAUUUGGACUGGAAAAAGAAGACCUGGAACAUCUCAUCUCCUACCCUGAAGACCAGAUCACCCCUGCUAACCUGCCGUUCAUCUUGCGGGAAAUCCGCUAUGAAAAGACAAAGAGAGCUGCAACUGCAGUUCAGUCAAAACCCUGCCCCGAACCCCAACCCGCCAGUAGUGUGAGUGGAAUGCAUUGUCGCAGUUUGAGUAGUUCUGGAGGGGCAAGGAUGCACCAGGAGGAAAUAUCGUCUGUUCUCCAGCCGAGUAAAGUGAUUGACUAUGGACAUACUGGCAAAUAUACUGGAGGGGUUAGGGAUGAGAUUGGAAGGACCAGUGGCAGUAGAGCUAACAGUGGUGGGAGUAUGCUGCCAAUGAACACUUACGACAGUAACAGACACAGUCGAGAACCACUACAGAAAACUACAACAGAGGUGAAAAGCAGUGCCUUUGGUUCUUCACGUGACCAGGGAAGUUCUGUUUCCAGUCUCAGCUCUUCUUACAGUUCAAUACUGAGCUCUGUGGCUCCCCCAAGCAAUGAUCAGACUAAACGAUUGCAGACCCAACCAAACCAGACUUUCCAAUCAAUCCUCAGCUCUUUCUCUCUGCCAAAGAAAGACACAGACAUCAGAGUUCUCAAGUCUGAAGCUCCCAAACCCGUACCUCUGAAAGAACCAGAGGCAGAUCGCCAGUCAACGUCGAAUGCCCAACCACCCAACACUCUGUACCGUGGUGUGCAUCCCACCCGACCUGGCCUUGUGGUCAUUGGCAGUAAUGUCGCCAGCAGCACUAAGGAUCAGAGUCAAAUUCCAGGACAAGGGUCAAUCGUUGCUGAGCAGAGGAAAAUGCAGCAGACACAGCAGCAGCCGAUGCAGCAGAUGCAGAUGCAGCAGAAGCAACCGAUGCAGCAGAUGCAAAAGCAGCCAACGCAACAACAACCGAUGCAGCAGAUGCAGCAGAAGCAACCGAUGCAGCAGAUGCAACAGCGGAUGCAACAGCAGCCAACACAGCAACAACUGAUGCAGCAGAUGCAGAAGCAGUCAUCGCAGCAACAACCGAUGCAGCAGAUGCAGCAACGAUCAAAGCAGCCGAUGCAGCAGAUACAGAAGGAGCAGAUGCAGCAGAAGCAGCCGAUGCAGCAGAUGCAGCAACAAUCAAAGCAGCAGAUGCAGAAGCAGCCGAAGCAGCAGAUGCAGCAGAAACAACCGAUGCAGAAGCAGCCGAUGCAGCAACAAUCGAAGCAUCAGAUACAGAAGCAGCAGACACAGAAGCAGGCAGUAUCACAGACGGGGCAAGCCAUGUGGCCUCAGGUUUUUCCUGCUGCGAAAUCAGUUCCCCCUGCUUCUCACAUACCCAGCAUCGCUGGCGCCAUGCAACGUCCAGGUGGUCAUCACCCCAUCGUUAUUCCUCCAGCUCAGCCUCAGCUAAUCCCGGGCCUGAUGAACCUCAUGCAUCUGACCCCGACACCUUCCAACAGGCAGCUUCCGGCAAAGACGGCAGUCUCCAAGGGUCAGCCAACGGCGGCCAUGAUGCAUGACUAUGCGGCGGAGACGCCGAGAAUCUUUCCACAUACCUGUUGUCUGUGUAACAAAGAAUGUACUCAAAUGAAGGAUUGGAUCUCCCACCAGAACUCCAGCCUUCACCUUGGGAAUUGCAAAUUACUCCGUACACAAUUCCCAGAGUGGGAUGGUGAGAUCGUACUCAGGUCCAGUGCUGCAGGUAAAGAUACCAAACCCUCGCCCACAACUUCUUCACAGACUUCGCAGCAUCGUCAGAAAGCCAGGCAUGGAAGCCGCUCCCUUUCCCGCUCGCCCAGCCCCCGUCGCAACCACGGCUCAGAGGGUAAAAGGGAGAAACGCAAUAGCCGAUCACAUUCACCGCACAGCUCCAGAUACACUCGCAGGUCCCGGUCUCGUUCUCUUUCCCCAUGGUAUGACCGCCCUACCUCCUCCCGCUAUCUGUCGCGUUCAAGGAGUCCCGAGAGACGAUCGCCGCCGAGGAGGAGAGAUGAGAAAUGGUCGCCACCAAGGAGGAGAGACGAUAGACGAUCGCCAUCGAGUAGAAGCGACGAGAGGCGAUCGUUAUCUAGGAGGAGUGACGAGAGACGGUCAUUAUCUAGGAGUGACGAGAGACGAUUGCCACCAAGGAGGAGCGACGAUAGACGAUCGCCACCAAGGAGGAGUGAUCAGCGCCGAUCCCCUCAACGAAAGAAGUCGAGCAGUGCAGAGAGCCUCGUUAAGAAACUACUGGAAACAUCAGCUGCCCAGUCUCUGUCAAACCAGUCUGACCUGGAGGCUGUGGUUAAAACUCUGGCUCCCGCCUUUCUGGCCGAGCUAGCCAAGAUGAAGUCAUCGUCAUCAUCUUCCUCUUCCAAAGGAGGAAAGCCCUCCUCCUCGUCGUCUUCAGCGUUGACUAAAAAAGCAAAGCCCAGCCUGCAGAAGAGCGAGGCGAGUUCUUCCACAAAGAUGAAGUCUGAUAAUUAUUUUCCCCCGACCAUGGUGAAACUAGAAGGGAUCCAACGUCAAGUCUCUUAUGACGAUGUGUUGGCUGCAGUGGAGCACUUUGGAAAAACCAAGUUUCUGUUUCGGUCCAAAAAAGAGGCAAUCGUGCGUUUCGAGAAAGAGGAAGACGCAAAGAAAUUGAAGAGCGCAAAAAGCCUAGAUGUGAAAGGAGUGGCAAUCACUGUUGUCAGAGAAAAGGAGACUGUUGCUAAGGGGCAAAAGAAACCUCAGAAAAAACCUGCCACGUCCAGUGUCUCCACACCUCAGACCACUACCGCGAGAAAGGUUCUUCUCCCUACACCUAAAAUGCCUCUGCUUAAAGGGCUUAAAACGACUUCAUCUUUACCUUCUGGAGCCAAAAAAGCUACGACAGGCAAACUUACCGAUCAGAAAAGUGCAACUAAAGGCUCAGUUAAAGGCCCGACGACUGUCACUAAGGCAAAAGUUUUGGUUUCCAAAGCGAAAAACGUGUCAACCAAGCAGAUAACUAAAAUGGUUAAAAAACAAAAGUUGCCUGCGAAGGGAGCUGAGAGAAAGGCCGUGGUAAAGCAAAAAGCGUCUUCAGGAUCCAAGUCCACGGCUCCAGAAAAUCAGCCUGAUGUACAAAAUUCCAAGCCUAAAGAAUCUGAAACCAAGGUUCAAGAAGCUGUGCCGAAAGACACAGCUGAGGUUGUUGAAAAGGCAAAUGUGACAGUUUUUGAGCCUGAGCAUCAGGCCGAAGUUGAUAAAACCAAUGACGCCGAAGACGCUGAACCAAUGGAAGUUGGGGAAAUGAGAGUUGGAAGUUGUGCUGAGGGCCAAGGAGAAAAACCGACAACUACAGAAGCUGUACUGGAAAAUUCUGCAGACAAAUCCAGUGAGAGUCAACCACCUCUCAGUACAGUUGAUACCCGGCCAACAGAAACCUCUGUCGAAGCUUUACCACACGUCCAGCAAAGCACCUUGUCAGAACCAGAGUCCACUGCACAAGGACCAGAGACCAAGACGGAGGUUUCACACAUGCAACAGCAGGCUGCAGGAAGCUCGACCGAAACCACUGUGGAGGCAGAGCUGCCGGGUGGAGUGGUGGAGACGAAAACUAUGCAAAAAGAUCCUGUGACUGCAGCUGAGACCAAAACGGAUGCAGCGUCAGCCAGCGAUGCCUCCAAACCCAAUGCAGUUACACAUCUGACUAUUGGGGAGAUGAUAAAUAAGCACCUGUUGCUAUGCAAAAUACGGUGCCUCAAUCUGAAAACCUGCUUCUGUCCAAGAUUUGGUUCACUUUAUAAGAAGAUGUUGUUCAUCAGCAACCUGCCGCAGUAUCACGAUGGCUGCUACACAGAGUGUGACAUCGCCAAACUGCUCAGGCCAUUUGGGUUUCAAUAUACAGACGACAGCAUCUAUGUUGUUCCUCAGAUGUGCAUGGCCUUCGUCAUGAUUCCGAGGGUGGAGGAUGCACUCCGCCUAGUGAAAGCCUCCGUAAGGAAGGGCGUUAUGUUCGAAGGGUCUAAAAUCCGUGUCCAAGCAUUAUGCAGCGGCUUUACCAUGACGCCGUUUAGGUUUUAUAAAUCACUGAUGAAGAUGAUGCGUUCUCCGGUGGUUGGAGCAAAAUCAAUCGUCAUCAAGAACAUUCCAUGGAGUGAAUCCAGGGUGCUCAGAGAGACUUUGAAAAAAAUCAAUUCUGUCACAAACUUCCUGCCUCUCCUCAACCAGGUAUUCAUAGAAUUUGAGUCCGUUUGCGAUGCUGAUCGGCUCGGCGUUUGGUACAGCCUCCUGAAACAAGCCCCUGGGCACCAAGUCUACAGGCUGGAUACACCAACCACUUGCGGUACAUCACUACCACCAAAACUUCCUGAGAACGCUCUGCCGGAUAGCAAGGAUGCUGUUGCCGGGGCAACUAUCCCGUCAAUAGAAAUUGGCAUUCCGCUGCACACCAUUCCACCAUUUUGGGUCACGAUGAGAGCUCGUCCCUUCCUGUACCCUACCGCGUCUCCUUGGUUCAUCAUCCCAGAUUACCUGACAGUCAAAGAACAUGAUGACAUUGAGAGGGCCAGUGCUCGAGGUUCCAUGUUCCCCACAAUCAUGUUGACCGGUUUGCCAGGAUUUGGCCAAUACAAGCAUGAGGACGUGGCCAAGCUGGUCUGGCGAUAUUUCCCCAAACAGAACCUUCACUCCCUGUACUACAACGUGACGGUCUUAACGCUGCAGAAGAGGGCCUUUGUGUUUUUCGCCGAUUGGGCUUCGUGCUGCGAUUUUGUCCGAGAUCACAUCACAAAUCCAGUUUCUGUCGAAGGCUACACGCUUGGUGUUCACUUCGUCUUGGAGCACAUGCGUCCUGAAUCCAGUGAGGAGAUGAUGUACACAAGUCUGAUGAAGUGGAGCAACGCUGGAGUUCCAGAGCCAAAGUCUCUGGAGGAGCGGUUGCUGUGCGUGGAGAUUUCUGAGACGUCUGUGGACGUCAUUGGGGUGGUCAUGGAAAUGGUGGCGUCCAUCGCGACCUUUGUCAGCUUUCUGCCGCUCGCCAACAGGAUAUGCAUUGAGAUGUCUGACUCCAGCAGUGUAACCAAGGUGGUGGAGAAAUACAACACUUUCCAACCGGACUCUACUGAAAAGGACAAAGCUUGGAGAUUAGUUGAACGUGUUGAGCCUGUGAAGAGCCUUAAACAGCGUCUACAAGAUUUUACUGGGAUCAAACUAAACUUUGGGCUAGACACCAUCUAUGUCAAAGCCAAGCCCCCGGCUGUGAUUUGUCAAACCCAGCCUCCCGUUUCUGAACUGUCGGAUAAUGGGUCACAACCUGCUCUGCAAACCAGUGGUCCUGGUGGAUCCAUCAUUUCUGAGCCCAUCACAGCAGAACCAAGUGCUACCGCCGCAAGUGACGUAGCAAUGAAGGAGGACGGCGAGAAACCAGGAACUGAGAUCGCUAUGAACUCCACUGUUGGUCCAGAGGCAAAUGAGGAUGUAGAGAAAGCAGAAGUAAAGGAGGAAGAGGGGUCACUAACUACUUUGAGCUCUACUGGUGAUGUGACCUUAACCUCUGCCAUCAGCAGUGGGAACACAGUCCCAGCUGCUUCCAGUCCUGUCCCCUCAGCCACAGCACUCACGCCUGAAGAAAACUUUGCAGAACUUCCUCAGAUCAAUACGGCCAUUUUCCAGGCCCUCAAGGCAGCAGUUCACAAACACAGGCUCACCCAGGAGAGCACAUCCCAGAGUGAAGACCAAGAGGUGAGGCCUGGCUUGAGCCCCAGCAAAAGCAACACAAGCUCUAGAACUACAAUGAUUGAAGACACAACACAAAGAAAGGGUCAGGAUGAUGUUACAGAUGACAUCGCUUCGUCAGACGACUGUCUUUUUGACGAGCAAAAUUUCAACAUGGAUGACUUUGUCACUGUUGACGAAGUUGGUGAUGACGUGGGAGACACAAGCCCCGAACCUCAUAGCUCCUCUUCACCCAAGCAUUCCUCCCGAGCAAGAAGAGAAAGGCAAAGCCCAAGUGUGUCGUCCGCUGGCAAACGGACCUCAACGAGGUCUCCGAAAGACUCUAAGAGCUCAGCCUCUUCCUCAUCCUUCUCAUCCAAGUCAAAUAAAGGCUCAAGCUCUUCUAGCUCUGUGUCACCAAAGAAAUCCAAGGACUCAUCUGAGCCCACCAAAUCCCCUACCAAACCCUCGGCCUCUGCCAGUGUCGGUAAGGCCUCCUCCUCUUCUCCGCCGUCUACUGAAACCCCUUCUUCCCCUGGUCAGAAAACACAACCCAGCAAGACAAAAUCUCCAGUCAAAGCAUCAAAUACUGCAUCCCCCCAUUGUAGUACCCGCUCAUCCUCCGCUGCACGUCAAAAGGAAAGGAUAACAUCGGCAACAACUGUAAAGGCAUCAAUGGAGACUCAUUCAUUCGUGACUCAUUCUGAGCCACUUAGAGAAGAAGCAAAAGACACAGAGAGCGCAGUGGCAAAGUCUGACCACAGAGUGUCAGCAGAAGGCAUUGCUGCAAAAACUGUUGAGUCAGAGACAAAAACAGAAACAUCAUCAGAGAUGCAUCCACCUCUACAGGGACAUGGAGUACAGUUGAGCCAAGCCCAGAGUCUGGAGACUGAUUUUAAUGUCAACGCACUCAAAGACUUGAAGAAAAGCAAAGAGGAAGGGAAAGAAGAUGAUGUUGACACACAUAACGACGACAACGAUGAAAAAUUCCAAAUCCUUGAUUCACUUGAUCAAACGGAUGAAUCGAUGGAUGUUGGGGUUCAAGACGGCAGCUCUGAAGCCCAGCUAACUGGACCCGAGGGAGGCCAGACUUUGCAUGAGGAAAGCUUUCAGGUUUUGGACAGUGUGGACGAUGAAGGAAAAGCCCGCCCUGAGGAGAACAGUGAAAUGGAAAUGGACAGUUCUUUCCAAGUGUUGGACAGUGUUACUGAAGACCAAGCAGCUACAGGUCAAGAGGUCUGUCCCCUGGUCCAAGAUGACGGUUCCACAGUAAAACAACUGCUUGAGGAAGAUGCAACUUCAGCAGGUGACAAAUUUGACAAAGAUUCAGUAGGUAAAGAUCAUGAGACAAAUAAUGUGUUAGAUACCGGAACUAAACAAGGUCCAACAGACAAGGGAGAUGGGAAGAAGAGGAAAGAGGAGGAAGUCAAAGACAAAAUACUUUCAGCAGAGUCCUGCAAUGCCUCCAAAGAUGUGGAAAAUAUUGGUGGCCGAAUCCCUAAUGAAGACCAGCCUCCUCAAGACCCCAACAACAAAGAAACUUUAAAAGACCCUGACAGUGAUGUUACUGAACAAGAAACCUUUGAGAUAUUGGAUUCAAUUGAAGAUCAGACCGCAGCAGAAGAUGACAGCCAGAACCUCAAAACUCCCAGUGACCAGAUAUGUAAAGAAGACAUUAGGCCCACGGAGGAAGAGGAAGAGACCUAUCAGGUAAUUGAUUCGGUGGAAGAUCAGCCAACGACUACAGAGACAAAGUCAGAGUCUACCAAAGAGGGAAAAAGAAAAACAACAGAGGAGGCGACUGCUAGAAAAGAUGACAGACCAUCAAAGAGGAGUGGCCCCACAACCAGAGUUUUCAAAAGUGAAGAGGAGAAAUCACCAGAGAAACGGAAUAGGACAGUUAAAAAAUAUGAGACACAGACGAAGAUGGACACCACUGCAGGAGUUUCUCAGAAAGACAAAGAGGUCACUGAGGAGACGCUGUAUGAGAUAGUAGAUUCUGUUGAAGACGAAUCAGUUGAAGAUGUUGCCGCCACAGAACGGUCUGGUAGAAGAAGGAGUGCGAGAGGAAAGAAAUCUCAGAUUCUCACAGAAGUGUCUGAAAAACCAGAGGAGGCUACAUACAAGAUUUUAGACUCUGUGGAGGACGAAACUCCGAAUGGUGAACCGACCUUCACAACAAGAUCUACCAGAGGAAAAAGGGAAAGAACAACAAAGAAAGAUGCUUCAAAUGAGAAAACAAAAAAAGAGGAGACGCCAACAAGAAGGAGUCACACUCCUGCCAGAGAGGCGCAGGAACAAAACAGAGAAAAAACACCAAAGAAAGAGGUUAAAGCCCCUCCAAAAGAGAGCACACCAUUAAAGACGAGUGACAAUGUUGUAAGAGAGGUAAGUGAGGAGGAUGCUACGUGUGAAGUAUUUGACUCUGUAGAGGAUGAGGUUCAGGAUGAUCGGCCCGCUACUAGAAGAAAAGGAAAAGGGGGAAGACCAAAGAAAGAGGUUAAAACAACUAAAAAAGAAAGUACAACAUUAAAGAAGGGUGACAAAGACGCAUCCAAAAAAGUGGCCGAUGAAGAAGAGGCAACUUAUCAGAUUCUAGAUUCUGUGGAGGACGACACGGUUGACGAUCAGCCCCCCACAGAACAGUCAGAAGAGAAAAGUUCUAAAAUCAAUGACCAGCAAACAAAGAAAAUUGGAUCUCUCGCUGGAUCACCCAAAAAUGAGGAGGAGGAAGAGCCUAUGUAUCAGAUCAUAGAUUCCCUGGAAGACGAUCAAGUUCAAGAAGAGCUGACAGCUACAGAGGACGAGACAAAAGAUGAAACUCCUACAAAAGAAGAGGCAGAAAAAGAAGACACACCAACAUGUGGUACCACAGUUGAGGAAGUGUCCGAAAAAGUGAUCAUCAAGGAGGAGACUCUGUAUCAGAUAGUUGAUGAUUCAGAGGAGGUAAAUGACGAUCCAUCUGCGGCAGAAGGGUCUGCUAUGGGAAAUAAGGAAAGUACACCCAAAGAAGACAUUAAGGAAGAGGACAAAUCAACAAGUAAAUCCCAGAGUGAUACUGCCAAAUUCGAAAGGGAGAACAAACAACAAUCACCCGGGAAAGACGACACAACAAGCAUGCUGGUGAACCUGGACGAAGUGAGCGACGAGGAGGAGGAGUACCCUGAUGAUGCGGCCGAGGAAGAAGAACUGAGGAAGCGACAAGCCGCUGCAAAAGAGAAGAAGUUCAUCAAGGAGCGGGAAGCGAGGAGGACCAGGGAGAGGGAGGAGAGGAGGACCAGGGAGAGAGAGCAAAGGGAGCAAAGAAGCCGGAGCAGCAGCAGCGGCGGAGGAGGAGGAGGAGGAGGUGGUGGCGGGGCAGGGACGAGAAGGAUGAAGGAGAGGGGGAGGGAGAAGGAGGAGAUGGUGACUCUGGAUGAGGUGGGAGCAGAUGAGGCCGGAGAGGAAAGAGCGUCGGAGAGCCGAGAGUGGGAUGAGGAGAUCACGGAGGGAGAGCUGCAGGCACUCGUCACUCUUGAUGAAUUCGUAGAAGAAGAGGAGGACGGGAAGGCCGAGCAAAUCACGCUGGAGACCCACCCACCCACCCUGGAGGAUGAAUCAGUGGACUUCUUAAACUCAGAGACUUUGGUGACUUUAGAUGAAGCUGGUGAUGAUGAGGAAGAGAAGCCGCACGAAGAGCAAACUGAGAAAACCUCAAAAUCUCCCAAACGCAGACACGAUGAUGACACCGAGGAAAGUAUGAACUUUGUGACAGUAGAUGAGGUGGGAGAGGAGGAGGAAAAGGAAGCGGUAAUAACCAGGACAAGAGGACAAGCCAAGAAGAGAACCAGACAGACCCCUGUGAGAACAUCUACCAGAGGGAAAAAAGUGACUGAAGAAGAAAGGGAACCAGCUGGCACUGAUGUACUGCCUCCAACUCCACUCGAAGCCUCCUCGUCUCUGGACAAAGAUCCGUCUACGUUGUUGAGUGAUGGCCAGCCGGAGAUCCAGAAGACAGAGGUGGAAGCAGCGAUCCAAGCCGACAUCGAUGCUUCCUCUGCUGGGCAGAAACUGCAACCGGGGCCCUCUGAGAACCGGACACUGGAGGGAUGUGUGGAGGAAGGAGAGGAGGAGAAGGAAGGAUGGAGCAGGACGGACAUUAAAGCUGUGAGUAAACGGAGGAUGGAGCUUGUCGGACCUGAAGCAAAGCGAUCUCGGUCUGAGUCUCCUUGUGUCGCUGCCAACUUCAAACCGCCUGCAUUCAAACCCAACAACCCCCUCGGUCAGGAGUUCGUGGUCCCCAAAUCAGGGUAUUUCUGUAACCUCUGCUCUGUUUUCUACCUGAACGAGAGCACCGCCAAGGACCUCCACUGCAGCAGCCGGAGACACUUUGAAAACCUGCAGAAACAUUACCAGAAGCUUCAACAGAAACCAUCAAGAAGUUCCACACAAACUUCUCAAGGCUCCGUUUCUGAUUGAUGCCGACUUCAACUACUGACUUUUUUUUAUUGAUGUCUUUUUUGUCGAAAAUGUGAAAAAGGUAAAGCUGGACCAGUGAAACGUCUGCAGCUUUAAAAACCACUGCAUCCUUCAUUCGUUUGACAAUUCAAUGUGUAUAACUAAUUACUGUCUGGCAUCUUUGUUCAUAUAAAUGUGUAAAUUAUACAUCUACCUUAAUAAUACAUUUAUAUUUUAGCAUGUAUUGGGUUUCAAACUCCCUCCAACUCUCCAGUUUCGGUGCCUUGCUCUGCCUACAGUUACAUUAUCAGUUGUGUUUGUGAAAAGACUGGAAACAUGUGCAGCGUGUCAUCAAGUCAGUAACAGUUUGGGAUUUUUUGGAAACUUUAAAAGGUGCUACAUGACCUCAUCAUUAAAUAAUAACUCCAGUAUUUACAGCAUUAAAUUCACAUUUUCUUUUGCUGAUAGUCAGGAAAUUUCUUUGCCUGCUAAAUUUUGAUGGAAACCUGGCUGGUGAUCUACAGCUCCGAUUUCUGCAGGAUACAAUGGGACUGUUGGACUAAGUUUCUUGUUGCAGUUAGAAAAUAAAUUAUUUUUUAUCUCAUUUAGGUAAUAAAGGUUUAAUCUUAUUACAUAAUUAAAAUAGAUAUUUCUUUUACAUUUCUAAUGCAACAUGUAGCACCUUUUGAAGGAUGAACUGUUACCCUGGGAGCCCAUGACCUGGUUUUUAAAAUUGUAUAAAUGAAGCCUAUAAUUUAAUCUUGCACAUGAUGUAUAAAUGUCAGAUAAGUGUUUUUGUUUAGCGAGCAUUUUUGACAAGUUUUCUUAUCGUUUAAACUUUUGGGAGAGAAUUUUUCUUGUGAAUUUAAUGUCAAAGUGAAUACAAAUAAAUACUGACAAAUGUCUGUUUUUAUGUAAAACAUUUGUGUUAUUAAGAGAAAAUGACUUCAUUAUCUUGACAUUUUUUACACAUUAAGUCAGUUAUUUAAACAUGUAGUGUAGUGGUUAUUAAU